GAGCAAACAUCAAACUUGCGCGCGCGGUCUUUUCCACGCCCCAACCCUGCACAAUGGCCGACGAUGGCAUGCUGAUGAACUUCGACCUGGGCGAUGGUCCCCUCGUCGUCAAGCCCACCUUCAAGGGUGGCCGCUGGAAAGACAGGCUAACCGCAAAAAAAGCUGCUGCUCACCGGGCCAAAAGGUCUUCCGAUCCCAAGCCCGCAGUCGAUGGCGCCCCUUCUAGGAAUGCUGGCGACAACAGGGACCCCAGACCGAACAAGCGGCAGCGUGUCGACGACGAGUUCCGCCCGGCCAAUGCUGGACAUAAGGCUGGACAAAAUGCUGGGCAAAAUGCUGGCAAGAACGGCGCGCCCCGACAAUUCAUCUCUUCCCUUUUCACCUUCAACCCGGAGUCCACUACGAAAACCGAAGUCCAACCAGAACAGCCCCAGGAUGGUGAAGAGGUCCAACCCUCCAACGCUCCACUUUCGCCGGAACUCGAGAACUUUACCUCGCUGGGCCUCUCGACGCAGUUGGCAAAUCACAUGCUGAAUAAAAUGCAAAUCAAGGCGCCGACGGCCAUUCAAAAGGCAGCGAUAUCGCAACUUGUAAAGGAUAACUCCGACGCAUUCAUACAGGCUCAGACGGGUUCGGGUAAAACGCUGGCGUACCUUCUGCCCAUCGUCCAACGACUCAUUGCCAUGGGAGAUAAGGUGCAUAGAGACUCAGGACUGUUCGCGAUCGUUUUGGCUCCUACGCGCGAGCUGAGCAAGCAAAUAUCAGUUGUGUUGGAGAAUGUACUGCGUUGCGCGCACUGGAUUGUCCCAGGAACCGUGAUUGGUGGGGAGAAGAAAAAGUCGGAGAAAGCUAGGGUCCGGAAGGGUCUAAAUAUCCUGGUCGCAACGCCUGGUCGGCUGGCGGAUCAUCUGGAACAUACCGAGGCGCUGGACGUGAGCAACGUGCGAUGGCUGGUCCUGGAUGAAGGCGAUCGUUUGAUGGAGCUUGGUUUCGAAAACGAGAUUCAGAAGAUCGUAGGCACAUUGAAUCUGCGGAUGAAGGCAGCCAGGGCCAGGAUACCGGGGCUACCUGAGAAACGCAUGACCAUUCUUUGCUCUGCGACCAUGAAGAUGGACGUUCAAAGGCUAGGAGAAAUCAGUUUGAAGGAAGCGGUGCACAUCCAAGCAGAUCCAAAGGACAAGAACGAGGAAGAAGACACGGAAAUGCAGGACGCGGCCUUCUCUGCUCCUGCGCAGUUGAAGCAGUCUUACGCUGUCGUUCCGGCGAAGCUGCGCUUGGUUACGCUCAUUGCAGUUUUGAAGCGGGCUUUUGCACGGAGAGGCUCGGUCAUGAAGGUUAUUGUCUUCAUAUCUUGCGCUGACUCUGUCGAAUUCCACUUUGAGGUUCUCGCACGAGGCAGCGAGGAAGAGGGCGAUGGCAAAGAAAAGAGCAAAGAGAAUGCCAAGGUGGACGCCAAAGCGGAUACCAAAGCGGAUACCAAAGCGGAUGCCAAGGUAGACAGCCCGCAGCAGGACGGAGAAGCUGAGGACAAGGCAGAGGAGAAGACGGAGAAGACGGAGGAGAAGACGGAGGAGAAAGAUGAUGCAAAGAAGCGCAAGAGGGAUGGCAAACCACGCAAGCCCGAGCCUCCAGCCAUCGGUCGCACGUCCGCCCCCGCAUCCGCCAUUUCAUCGAAAGAAAACCCGGUCAAUGUCUACAAGCUUCACGGCUCACUUCCGCAAGCCGUCCGUACCAGCACUCUUUCCGCUUUCACGCACAGCAAAGACCCCGCCGUCCUCGUCUGCACGGAUGUCGCUUCUCGCGGUCUCGAUCUGCCCAACGUCGACUUCGUCAUCGAGUACGACCCCGCCUUCGCCAAAGACGACCACCUCCACCGCAUCGGUCGUACCGCGCGUGCCGGUCGCGACGGACGUUCGCUGCUCUUCCUGAUGCCAGGCGACGAGGAGGGCUACACGCAGAUCCUGAAAGACACGCGCGCCGACGCAGGCGCCACACUGACGCGCCACGACGCGCCCGAACUGCUGCGCAAAGCGUUCACGCCGCCAGGGACCGUCGGCUCCGCCACCAAGCACGCCUACGAAGACGCAGCGACGGAAUGGCAGCUCGACCUCGAGCGGUGGGCGCUCGCGAACCCGGCCAAGCUCGAGCUCGCGCGCCGCGGCUAUCAGAGCCACAUCCGCGCGUACGCGACGCACGUGGCCGCCGAGCGCGUCUUCUUCAACAUCAAGACGCUGCAUCUGGGCCACUUGGCCAAGGCGUUUGCGCUGCGCGACCGCCCAGCUAGCAUCCGUGUGCCGGGGCUGCGGCCUGGCGCUGAUAGCCACGCUAAGGGCAAGGAGGACCGCCGUGCUAAGGCGAGAGCGGCGGCCGGUAGGGGCAAGGGUGCCGCUGCUGCUGCGGCGGCUGCGGCUUGGGAUGCGGAUGAGAUUGCGCCGACGAAGAGCCAGAUUGAGGCGGAUGAGGCGGCGCGCAAGAUGCGCAAGAAGAUGCGGAUGGUGGUUUCGGGGGGCGCGAGCGAGUUCAACUUGGGUUGAGUGGGGUGUGUGUGGUGGUGGCUUGUUGGCUGGGUGCGGGAGGGAAGGAGAUACACCACGUGCGGUUGUGUUUGGGGCGUCGGGGCGUGGAGUUGUGGAGUUGUGGAGUUUGUAAAAAGAGCGGCAUGGUACAAGAGGCGGAUAAUCCGGUGCAUAUCUACAUACCUAGGAGUCGGAGCGCUGUUGGCAUAGUAUGCCUGGGGUAUAAGAACAAUGGAGUUUUUCCAAC